CUCCACACUCGCGUUCGCGGCUUCGCGGCUCGAUUCGCACACGAGUGUGGAGGGCCCUUUAGGUUUAUGAGCUGACGGAUCUAGGCCGCAGUCCGGUACGCACGUCUGUUAGUAAAUUCAAAACGAACCAAACCUUGUCCACAGACAAGAUAAACUUCAAACUCUUUACAACCAAACAAAAUGGCCGAUGUUCAUUGAAAAAACUUAUUGAAAUUUUAAAAGGAAUUCACCGUAAACUGAAAAUGUCUAAACGGGAUCAAAGUGAUAGAAGUGAGAGAAAAUUGGACUCAAGUGAUUAUGAAAAUCUUAUAUCACAGCACAGUAUAUUUGAACGCAGUAAACACCAAGAGUUGCCCAGUUUUCCUGGGUUCUCUAAUGCUGAAACUCAAACAAAGCCAGGUGACAUAAAAGGUCAAGGAGUACAAUCAGCUUUAGGGCCAUGGCACUAUAAUCCCUGGUGGAUGUUGGCCAGCACUUCAAGGACCACUCCAUCACAUGAUGACUUUUCAGAAAAUAGUGACCAGGCUAAGGUUAAGCAGGAACCCAAAGGAGCACCAUCCCCUGAACGUGAUCCUUUAGGGGGUGACUUAGACAACUUCAGAAGCACUGUGACGCCACCUGUAGGAUUAGACUCAUUCUGUGAUGAUUGUUCAGAUCCCUUUUGUGAUUCCAGUGCUGCAAUCUGUCGGAAGCUAUUUCAUUGUCCACAUUGCAGAAAGAGCUACCCAACUAUUCUCGAAUUUAACACGCAUCUAACUGGUGUACAUCCUGCGCAAAAGCCAUUCAGAUGCCAAAUCUGCUUGGAACCCUUUCACAAGAAAUCACAUCUAAGAAGACAUUUAGAUGCUAAUCACACUCGCAAAGAUGUAAACAAGUGUUCAGUAUGUUCAAAGUACAUCAAAGAUAAGAGUAACUUACGUAAACAUAUGCAAGUCCAUACUGGCAGAGUACCUCAGAAGCAGUUCAAAUGCGAUCUUUGCAAUAACAAACGCUAUAUGUCAUUAGACAGACUUAACAACCACAAAGUGGUUUGCACAGGAGAAAAAGUGCUGAAAUAUUGCGACAUGUGCCCAAAGGUAUUUGACAACUCAAGGUCGUUAAAUAGCCACAAGAAAGUCCAUGCCCGAGAGCUAAAAUGUGACAACUGUGGAGAACAGCUGCGUUCUUUGGAACAAUUUACAAACCACAAAAUGAUUUGUCAGGGAUCAUCAGAAGCAGGGAUUGGCGGUGGACUGAGCGGCGCUCCGAGCUCUGCCAGCUCGUCAGGCAACCGCUGCUGCACACAGCCUGGGUUGUGCGAGCAUGACAAGCCCGCCUACCUCAACAUCCCCGGCUAUGCAGCUGGCAGAGUGCUUGAUGCAACACUCUCAUCAUUAAAAUCAGAAUUGAACUGAUUAAGCAGCCUACACACAUGUCCAUAAAAGGGUAUAACAAAUUUCAUUUUUUUACAUAAUUACCAAAUAGUUGAAAAGAUGACAGUAAAAAAUAAUUUUCAUGAUUGAGAAUUACACAAGACUGAUGCAAAUAUCCCGCCUCACGACUUGCUUUAUUAUUACCAUUUAAAGUUUAGAAUUUAGUUAGUAGUUUAGUACAGUUAGAUUAAGCGGUAGCUACUUGAUCAUGUUCUUAUAUAUGAAAAACUGAUAAAAUAUUGAAGUGAAGGAGAUAUUCUUAAUAUCAGUUCACAUAUAUUAGAAUGUGCUCAAAUUGUUAUCAGGCUAUAAUUUUAUAUCUUAUAAUUAGUACACCAAUAAGAAAAUUGUUCCACAAGAAAGCUUUAUUGAUAGGGAAUCAAACAUUCAAUAUUCACAUACUUAUGUGAAACAACAAAUAUAUUUUUUAUUUGACUUUAACAAUGCCUCGACUGAUUUAGAGUUAAAUUAAUGUGCAGUAUUAAGUUAAUCAAUUUUUUUAUUUUUCUAUUUUAAAGAUUAACUUUAUUAUUUGAUAACCUUUAGAUACUAAGUUUUUGAAAUAGAGUGGUCUGUGGAUGCUUUAGGAUAACAUAUAAAUGAUUUGUAAAACUUGUUUAGGGCUCCGUAAGUCGAGUAUGAAGGCACGCAAACAUGCGGCACUAGCUAUGGUGUAGCAGUCAUGAACAAUUUACGCUUUUGUGUGCAAUUAAUAUUUGAUAAAUGCAAUAUAAUAUCUCAAGUACUAAGAAUUUCGGAUAAUUAAUCGACCAAAUGUUACAAAUGAUUGCCUCUAAGUGUGUGUUAUGGCCCUACAUAUGUACUCCAAUCCAAAGACAAAAAUAUAAACAUUUAAGUUUCAACUAUAAUACUGCUGUAUUUCUAAUUUGAAAAUUUUCUAUUUGAAUGGUUAUUUUUAGACUUAUUUUUGUUUCACAAAAAAUUAGAUAAGAAACUGUUUAGUGCAAUGAACAUUUGGCUAAGCCUUGAGCAUAUAAUGGUUAUAAAAAUAUAUAUUAAUAUGUUCUUAUUCCAAAAUAUUAAUUUAUUUUUAAUUGUUACACACUUAAUUAUUAGUUGCUAUGUAUACAUUUGUCUACAUAAGUAGUUAGUAUGUUCUCUAAAUCAGACAUUGGCUAAGUGCAAUCUGUGUAGAUAGCUGUAUUCGCCUAUAUGCAGACGAUGUACAACCGUACACGCUGUUUGAGCAUUUUAUAUGUUCACUCAAAUAUUCAUUGUAUCAUUUGAUACAUAAAAUUCAUUUUUCUCUAUUUUGCGUUGAGCAUUAAUACAUUUAUUAAGUUUUGCUACACUUUAUAGUUAUAUGUAUUAAAUCAUAAGAAUAAAAGUAUACUUAAUGUAAUAGCAAGCCUCAUUUAUACAUAGAGUAUAUACACGGUGUUUUUUAAAAGUCCGUUUCAAGGGUGUAUUCCUGAGCUUAAAUAAGUAACUUUCUCAAAGAAACCGGCAAAUUCUGAUUAACUCCAUUUCGGAGAUAAUCAAUGAUUUAUUUUUAUCUAAUACGGCCCCUUCGAGCGUGUACACUUGCCCUAGAGCCUGUUUGCUUAUUGAUGUGUGUUUAAUAUGAGUUUAUACAUUUGCUACUAUAAAUCAUUCUCUUGCUUAAAAAAACUAUCGAUAUUCGUAAUGUCAUUGAUGUGUCAUAGUUUUCAAGUUUGGUGGAUUUAAAUAUUAUGUCCGUGUUACAGAAACGCUGUUAAUUGUUUUUUACAAGAAAAAAGUAACUUUACCAUUCAGUUUACUUAAAUGUACUUAGCCAUACCCCGAAGUUAAAGGAGUUUAAGAAAACAUGGUGUAUAUACUUUUUUUGGUAGAAGAAUCUACACCCUACCUCUUGUUUUUUUUUACGUUCUUGACAUCUGUAAUUUAAACCUUUCGAAUGGAACUGGUAUUGUAGGGCAGGUACCUUUUAUUACUUUUAUUAUGUACUAUUUUUGUUACUAUAUACAACUAUACAUACAUACUUAUAAUCACGCCUAUUUCCCGAAGGGGUAGGCAGAGACCACGGAUUUCCACUUGCUACACAACAAUACAAUACAAUUAUGUGUCGAAAUUUAAUGAAUUCGAAUUUAAAUUUAUAUAUAUAUUUAUAUUUAUUAUAAUUAAUAUCAAUUUUAAUGCGUAUUAAGAUUAAAAUAGAGUAAGCUGACAUCAGUGCUGGUUCAGGCAUUUUUCGACAAAAAUAACUUCGAACUGAAAAAAGAUGACUUUCAUUAAUAAAAGUAGGUAAGUGUUAACUUAACGCGGUAGUUUUGUUACUUCCCCAAAAUGUCAGUUUACUCUAUCUAAUUUUGAAUAUCACUGUAAUUAUGUAUUCUCACAUUUAUUUUGAACUCUAGAAAACCCUAUGUAUUCUUCAUUGUUCAAGGAUCGCUUCAGUGUGGGAAACUUGUAUUGUGGAGUCCAAAUAUGGUUUCAGUAAUAUUUGUUGAGAGAGAUAUUUAAACAGGGUGUACACAGCAUAUAUUUAAACAUCGGUCGCCUUGUCGGAUAGAGACACAGAAAAAAAAUCAAAGUAAAUGCAAUUUAUGUACAGUUGUAUAUGUUUAUACAAAGACGAUUUUUAAUAGAGCAAUGGCCAUUACAGAGUUGAAUUCUAAAAUAAAUAUUACCGACCGUUGCACGUUUAACAAAAAUUGCAUAGAGUUUAAGUUGCCGAGAUAACUCUUACGUCUCUAUCCGAUUUGAACACUUCUUCCAGGGUCACUCUGCAAAAUAAAAUUACAAAUAUUACUAUGCAUCAAGUAAGCGAGACAAACAACUUCAAAUGAAUAUGUAUGUUUACUUGUAGUUUUUCUAGUAAAUGCUCUUGAUCUGUUCUUACUUGAUCCAUAGUAAAUGCUGGUCUACCUAAACAUAAGUUGUAUAAAGAUUCGAUUUUCUUAAGUAGUUUACUGAUUUUACACAAACGACGAUCAUUUUGAUGUUAUAUUUUUAUUUGUGACCAAAAAUAUUAAAGUAUUCGCGGAAAGAGUGAAACAAUAAAAAAUCUAUUAAAAAAUACAAUAAUCUAAUGUUAUUGUGUUAAUUUUAAUUUUCUGUUUAUGGUCAGCAUGCGCCAUAUAAGUCACUUAUUGUGUCGUGACGUCAUCUUAACCUUAGGUAGGCACAGGCGGGCGUUAUAAACGUCUGUAACCUGUAAAGAAAGUAGAACCAGUCUCUGUAACUAAUGAAGUUGAAAAGAGACUUCAGUACCCCUAGUGUAAAUUUGAUCAACAUCAUAACGUGACGAACGCGUUUGCGUUAAGUCUCAUUUUGUAUAGGAUUUUGAGUUUCCAAAACGUCCCGCUUGGCGCGCUCUUUCUAAAUCUAAUACAAAAUGAGACUAAACGCAAACGCGUACGUCACGUUUCGAAAUCGAAUUUAUUUACACUAGGGGUACUGGUAAAGGCCUUCUCAAAACGGCCCACAUGCGUUACGAGGCUAAACAAUACUUAGUAGGGCAUGGCAAUCAAGAGUCCCAGAGUCUUGCUAAUUUUUGAUAAGUAAUAAUCGAAUUUUGUUUGUUGACCUUUUUAAUAAAAAUCUAUAUUGAGGCUUUUAUAAAUAUUCGUUUGUUAUCAACUAUUUACAAUUGUUUACAUUCAUAUUUAGCUUCCGAGGUAAUUAUUUAGUAAUAUAAGUUUUAGUUUACAUUACAGUUAAGUACCAUGUUUCGGUUUUGCCAAUAGUUUUGGUCUUGUAUUUGAUAACAUAGACUGUAAUCUAGAGUUAAAUUUAUCCCACCACCAAUACCCAAAUGGUUUUGAUCAGUUUGUAAUACAAAGAAAACUCUAAUAAUAUGUAUCAUUAUGUAUUAAGUGUGUAGCUAAUUUGAGUAGUAUUUAAAUGCUUGUUUCUUUACUUAAAUUUUAUAAUUGAUGAGUGGUUUUUGCGGUUUUUUUUUUUAAUUUUGGACAAAUUUUUACUGUAGUAUGUCAGUAAUGCAGUAACAGGUAAAUAUCGGUAUAACGGGAACUAUAUUCCGAGUCAAUUAUAUAUAGGUAUAACCAUCUAUUUUCAUAGAUUUUAGACCGCUAAUGUCUUUAAUAUCAUAGACGAUAAAAAAUAACUCACAAUAUAGUGCAUUUACGGACGGACAUACAAUCGUAAUCGCUCUCACUUUAAAACGACAAACUUAUAUUACACGAAACUUGGCAUGAACUCAAGUUACUUGAAUGUGCAUGUUAUUUCAAACUGUCGUUAAAAUGUGAGCGUAAGUUCGAUUAUGACUCAACCCAACAAGCUUUUAUUUCAUACAGAGUUAUUGAGGUUGUUAGGUAGAAGUCAUUUAUACAGGUAAAUGUGUCUCCACAGCCAGCAAUUAUUUGAUUAAUUUUUAUUGAUACUACCUUUUCAGCCCACUGAGCAGUUCGAACGUCCGAAGAAAUUAUCCAAAAUUAAAUAAACUACUUCCAACUCUAGUCAGUCUGUUGGCGUGCUGCUUGUUCGCUCUUCAUAACAUCCCAGGUCUUCCAUUUUGUGUACAAAAUCCUAAAUGCGCAACCUUAUUAUUUAUUACUUUUUUAGUUUCAAUCAAGAAAACUGCACUAAUUGCUUAUCAAUCAAUUUAUGAAGCCCUUAUUGUGGCGACGAUUCCAAAAUGUAAACCCUACUUGAAUUAUAAAUUACACCCAGUGCGCACUUCUCUUUUUCAACGCGUUGAUCGCUUCUUAUUUUAUGGUUAAUCUUUAUUUAAAAAUAGUAUUCAGGAUAGAACCUGAAUAUAGUGGCUAUCAUAAUAAACCGAAUUACGUUUGUAUUACUGCUGAAUCAACCGGUUAGACAUCAACCAUUAAGAAAACUCAAUUAAUAUGUUGUAUCGGUAGUUGUUAGAUUGGUGUGGAUUUUAUUUUAGAGGUAGGAUUAAGAAAAAAUGUGUUCAUAUGAUUUUAGUAUAUCAUAGAAUAUUUUUAGUAAUGUAAUUUUAUUUUACACCAGAUUUUUUCGAGAGGCGGAAGAUAAUUUCGCGGUCAGUUAUGCAUAAUAGUGUUGUAAAUUCUCGAAGUAAAUUGUCUUAGUUUUAUAUAUUCGACCCCACACCGAUGCUUAUAAAUACGCCGUAGGCAAUAGGUAUUACUCGUUCGGAUAUUCAAUUAAUUUUUUUUUUAACACUAAAAAGAAGAGUCUCCACUAGUAUUUACUGUGAAUAAUUUGGGUGCAAAAUAUUACCCCCUCCCUCCUCCUAUUUAUUAGAUUGUUUAGUUAUGUUUAUCAACAUAUCCAUGUUUUACAGUAUUUAUGGUGCUAAUUUCCCGCACUAGUGUGGUGCGGGAAUGAACACAUUCCUAGCCUAUGUCCAAAAUUUAAAGGGCCAUAUGUACUGUAAAACGUUGGACGUGCGAAAAGGUAAUUGGCAACUCGUGUCGAUUUAACACUCCUUUCGGUCGUGUUUUAAUUUAUCACCACUCGUUGCGAAUUUCCUACUUCACAAUUUUAUCGUAAAUAACUACCUAUUUCUUUUUGUUAAGAAUUUUUCAUAGUAUACACGUUGUUUUUUCUUCUAGUUUUAGGUUGAUAGUUGUUUAUAUACAUUUGGAUUUAUACCCUGUAGAAAAAACUCUAUAGUCGAUAUUACAGUUCAUACUGCUGAGCGGCGUAUUUUGACUAUCGACUAUUUUGUUUAUAUAAAUGGUAGAAAGUCUAAUGUACAAAAGACAGAUGUCAUUAAUUAUAUAUUAGAAGCAAUUUACUUCUGACGGAAGGGGUAUAAAGGUAUCUAGUAAGAUACAUUGUUUAAGAACAUUAUAAUGUUCUUAAACAAAUGUAUCUAAACACACACACACACACACACACCCACACACGUGCUUAAAACUUUGAAAAAGUCGUUUGACUUUGAUCCUUAAUCUUUCACUGAUAUGUGUCAAAUAUCAAAAAGUGACGCCAUUUAAUAGAUCGAAGGCCAAAAGUAUCGCUUGAAACGAUGCCACCACAACCUUUAGCCGAUGCCCGGUAAGAUGGCGCCACUUUUUAAUAUUUAACACAUAUCUGUGAAAGAAUAAGGAUUAAAGUCAAAUGGCGUUCUAAAAGUUUUAAUCAUGUUUUGAAAGAUGGCAGUAAAUUUACUGUGGCUACAUAAUUUUCUUUGACAAUACACCUCUAUUUCAAAUUCUCUGCUAAAAGUGCCGCUACUCGAGCCUGUUACAACACUAUUUUUAGAUAUUUAGCAAAUAGCGCAUUAUCUCACGGCAUUUCCUGUUUACUGGAGUGCUCGCCAUAUUAUGUACCUACCUACUUUUAGCAUUCAUAUACCACCGACUAAAACAAUCUGCAAGCUUGCUGCUCAGCAUCCACGCUGCUAGGGAGUAUAUUAUUUUGCUUGACCGCGGGAACUUCAUCCGCCCCUCGUAUGAAUGGUGCAGACUUCCAAUAGGCACAUUCUGCUACGAUAAAUGAUAAGCUUUUUCGCGGCAUAACCAAGUGUUUACUUUAAACAACAUCAAAGUAAUCCCUUUAUUAUUGGUUUGUAUCAAUAAUCCAAACAUUUACAAUUACAUACAUAAUGUUCUACACACAUAAUAUUAUUUUAAUGGUCAGAUAGAGUUAAGCUUACGCACUAUUAUAUAUUGAUCUAAUACAAUAAAUAAAUAACAUACGAGAAUAUAUUACGUAUACCUUUCACCAAUAAACGAAGUUUCCUUACUGUU